GCCCGCGACCUCAGAGACACUGGGUCCUCAGGUUGUUCCCCCGGAGAGAAGGCCCACCAGGCGGGGGCAUCAGGCGCGCCCUUCUUUCUGCGUGGUCGAGCUUGGGCGUCACCGACUGGGGGCGUUUCCCGAGAACGCCGGGGAUCCCCUAGGCCAGGCUGCUGUGAAAGGCCCUGCCUCUGCUGUGAAGUAACAGUUUGUGGCCAGACAAGUCCAGAACCACGACGUUGUCAUCACAGGAACGUGGAGCCCGGCAGUGGGACCAUCUCCAUCCAGUUGAGAUGGUGGACACGGAGAGCCCGAUUGGUCCCCUCUCCCCACUCGAGGCUGAGGAUCUGGAAAGUCCACUCUCUGAAGAAUUCCUACAAGAAAUGGGAACCAUUCAAGAUAUUUCUCAGUCCAUUGGUGAGGACAGUUCUGGAAGCUUCAGUUUUACAGAAUACCAGUAUUUAGGAAGUGGUCCAGGAUCCGAUGGCUCCGUUAUUACAGACACCCUCUCACCAGCCUCGAGUCCCUCGUCCAUCUCUUACCCUGUGGUUCCUGGCAGCGCCGAGGAAUCGUCCAGCGUAGCACUGAACAUCGAGUGUAGAAUCUGUGGGGACAAAGCCUCGGGCUACCAUUACGGAGUUCACGCAUGUGAAGGCUGCAAGGGUUUCUUUCGGAGAACUGUUCGGCUAAAGCUGGCAUAUGACGCAUGUGACCGUAGCUGCAAGAUUCAGAAAAAGAAUCGGAAUAAGUGCCAGUAUUGUCGUUUUCACAAGUGCCUUUCAGUUGGGAUGUCCCAUAAUGCAAUUCGUUUCGGACGAAUGCCAAGAUCUGAAAAAGCAAAAUUGAAAGCAGAAAUCCUUACAUGUGAACAUGACCUAGAAAAUUCUGAAACCGCAGAUCUCAAAUCUCUCGCCAAGAGGAUUUACGAGGCCUACUUGAAGAACUUCAACAUGAACAAGGUCAAGGCCCGGGUCAUCCUCGCGGGAAAGGCCAGCAACAAUCCGCCUUUUGUCAUACACGACAUGGAGACGUUAUGUAUGGCCGAGAAGACUCUCGUGGCCAAGUUGGUGGCCAACGGCAUCCAGAAUAAGGAGGCAGAGGUCCGCAUCUUCCACUGCUGCCAGUGCACGUCUGUGGAGACGGUCACGGAGCUCACGGAGUUUGCCAAGUCCAUCCCGGGGUUCGCAAACUUGGACUUGAACGACCAAGUCACUUUGCUGAAAUAUGGAGUUUACGAGGCCAUAUUUGCAAUGCUGUCUUCUGUGAUGAAUAAAGACGGGAUGCUGGUAGCAUAUGGAAAUGGUUUUAUAACUCGUGAAUUCCUAAAAAGCCUAAGAAAACCAUUUUGUGAUAUCAUGGAGCCCAAGUUCGAUUUUGCAAUGAAGUUUAAUGCACUGGAGCUGGACGACAGUGAUAUUUCCCUUUUUGUGGCUGCUAUAAUUUGCUGUGGAGAUCGGCCCGGCCUUCUAAAUGUGGGACACAUUGAAAAAAUGCAGGAGGGUAUCGUGCACGUGCUCAAACUUCACUUAGAGAGCAACCAUCCCGAUGACGUCUUUCUCUUCCCAAAACUCCUGCAAAAGAUGGCAGAUCUGCGGCAGCUGGUUACGGAGCAUGCGCAACUGGUGCAGGUGAUCAAGAAGACAGAGUCCGACGCCGCCCUGCACCCGCUGCUGCAGGAAAUUUACAGGGAUAUGUACUGAUUUCUUGGAAAUGCACACAAAAAAGAAACUUUUCAAGCGUUUUUAAAGGCGACAGCACUACAAGUGAGAGAUGGGAGCAACGCAACUUUGCACAAAUGUCAGCAUUUGAACCUGGGACAAAGGAAGGUAUAAGCUCUAGGUAACCGGAAUCCUGUUCCAUGUUUCUUUCUUUUUUUAACCACUGCUUCAAGAAAUGCUGGUGAUAAACAGCUAUUAGUCAGGACUUGGAAAAUUACGCAGAAUGGUGUUCAGUGGUCUGAUUUAAUGCACCCGAUGUGAAUCAAUGCAGAUUUCUUUGUCACAUUAGGAAUUUACUGGUGAAUUAACCUCAGAAUACGUGGUCUGUCUUCCCUUUUCACCACGUUUUGACUGUUGUGCUCCUUUAUAAUUUUGAAAACU